AUGUUUAGAUCUGCCUCUUAUAGACUAGUAUCCUGCCGUGGUUUGGCCACAAAUGCUACCAAGAAUUUGACAAUUGGUUUAAUUCCAGGUGAUGGUAUUGGUAAAGAAGUCAUUCCAGCAGGUAGACAAGUUUUAGAAAAUUUGAACCCAAAACAUGGUUUAUCAUUUAAUUUUAUUGACUUACAAGCUGGUUUCCAAACUUUCCUUGAUACUGGUAAAGCCUUGCCAGAUGAAACUGUUAAAGUUUUAAAGGAACAAUGUCAAGGUGCCCUUUUUGGUGCCGUUCAAUCUCCAACUACCAAAGUAGAAGGUUACUCUUCACCUAUUGUUGCUUUAAGAAAGGCUUUGAGCUUAUACGCAAAUGUGCGUCCUGUUAAAUCUGUCUCCGGUACAAAUGAUAGGCCAGUCGAUAUGAUUAUUAUCAGAGAAAACACCGAAGACUUAUAUAUUAAGAUUGAAAAAACCUAUAAAGAUCCUGCCACCGGUACUAGAGUCGCAGAAGCUACUAAAAGAAUUACAGAAGUUGCUACAAGAAGAAUUGCUACUAUUGCCCUCGAUAUCGCUUUACAAAGAUUAAAGAAUAAUGGGCAAGCUACAUUAACUGUCACUCACAAAUCUAACGUCUUGUCUCAAAGUGAUGGUUUAUUCAGGGAAAUCUGCAAAGACGUUUAUGAAUCUAAUAAAAAUAAAUACGGCGGUAUCACCUACAAUGAACAAAUCGUGGAUUCUAUGGUCUACAGAAUGUUUAGGGAACCAGAAUGUUUUGAUGUCGUUGUAGCUCCAAACUUAUAUGGUGAUAUUUUAUCUGAUGGUGCUGCUGCUCUUGUGGGUUCCUUAGGUGUUGUUCCAAGUGCUAACGUUGGUCCAGAAAUUGUUAUUGGUGAACCAUGUCAUGGCUCUGCUCCAGAUAUUGCUGGUAAGGGUAUUGCUAACCCAAUCGCUACUAUUAGAUCCACCGCUUUGAUGUUAGAAUUCUUAGGAUUUAACGCUGCUGCCCAAGAUAUUCACCAAGCUGUUGAUGCUAACAUUAGAGAGGGUAGAGUUAAGACUGCUGAUUUAGGUGGUGAUGCUACUACCCAACAAGUCACUGAUGAUAUCCUUGCUAGAUUGUAA